UAUUUCUUUUCUUCGUAGUAAACGGAAUUGUCCAAACUACAGAGUCCAAACCAGAUCAUUGCAAAAGCCUCCGAAUCUGGUCACGAUCACGAAGCCUUUCAUUUCGGGGAGGGAAGGAAGGUGGGCGAGCGAUCGGGCGGGCAGGUGAGAGAGAAAGAGAUGGAGAACUGCAUACCAGAAGGAGAGAAUCUAGAGCUUUUGCCCUCUGCUAUCCUCGCAACCAUAAUGGCGAAGCUCGAUGUUGCAUCGAUCUGCUCCGUUGCAGCCACAUGUAAGACCUUCAACGGCUGCGCUUCUCAAGUCCUCUCAUUCCUCCCUUGUUUCCAUCUGCUCGAUAUAGCUCCAUCGAUCGAUUUGUUGAGGCCUUUGUUGCCGCCGAAUCCUUACCUUCGCAGCCUCAAAGUUGAUUGUAGCCAACUCAGUGAUUCCUCUAUCGAGCAUCUGGUCCGGCCUUAUCUGAAUGAACUUUGCCUUCAUAAUUGCCAGGAUUUUAGCGGAAAGCUGCUCUCGGAGGUUGGAGGUCGAUGCAAAGACCUAAGGACUCUCUACUUGGGUUCAGUAGCUGAAAAAAGGGGACGAGCAAUCCACAUUUCUGAUCUAGAGGAGUUACUUGGUGGUUGUACUCAAUUAGAAUCACUGAGCCUGAUGUUCGAUGUUUCAAUAUUUCUACGUCAUAAUUUUGGUCGAGUCUGGGCAAUGGCUUCAGAAAAACUUUCUGCACUUGAGAUUGGUUAUAUUUCUUCAGUAAUGGUAACUGAACUGCUUAGCCCAACUGUGGGAUCUUAUCCGUGUCCCAAUUAUGUGCAAUCACCUAUUUUACCACAUAUUCAGAAGUUAUGUCUUUCUGUAGACUAUAUCACUGACACUUUAGUUGGCACGAUAUCAAAAGGUCUUGUAUUAUUGACCCAUUUGGAUCUUCGUGAUGCACCCAUGAUAGAACCAACAGUGACAUUUGACCUCACCAACCCAGGCCUUCAACAGAUCAAUCAGCAUGGGAAAUUGAAGCACCUGUGCUUAAUUCGAAGCCAGGAAUUCAUUUCCACAUACUUCAGGCGAGUUAAUGAUCUCGGUGUCCUCUUAAUGGCAGACAAGUGCUCGAACAUCGAAAGUAUCCAUCUUGGAGGUUUCUGCCGUGUUACAGAUGCAGGAUUCAGGGCAAUCUUGCAUUCAUGUUCAAGCUUACACAACUUUAGGGUGUUUCAUGGGACCCAACUUACUGAUCUGGUGUUUCAUGACAUUACUGCCACUUCCCUUUCUUUGACAAGUGUAAGCUUAAGAUGGUGCAACCUCAUAACCAACCUAGCAGUUGUACGCUUGGUAUCCAACAUGGAUCUCAGCUAUCUGGACUUGAGAGUUUGUCGAAAUCUUGGGGAUGAAGCAUUGCAAGCCGUCAGCACUCUACCUAAGUUGAAGACCUUGCUCUUGGAUGGCUCUGAUAUCACUGAUGUUGGUUUAUCAUACUUGAGACAUGGGGUAAUGAAAUCACUAGUCUCAUUAUCUAUUAGAGGCUGCAAAAGACUGACAGAUAAGUGCAUUUCGGCUAUAUUUUAUGGUUCUUCUGGGCAGGAGUUGCAAGAUUUGGACCUUUCUAACAUUUCUAAUCUCUCAGACAAUGCAAUUCUGCUACUAGCUAAGAGUAGGGUUAUGCUUACUGAACUCCGGUUGCGGGAGUGCCCAUUGAUUGGUGACACUUCUAUCAUGGCAUUAGCUUCAAUGCAAAUUGGUGAUGGUGGGUGGCAUGGGAGCAUCUUGCGUUUGCUGGAUCUUUAUGACUGCAGAGGCAUUACACAGCUUGCAAUCCGAUGGUUGAAGAAGCCUUACUUUCCAAGGUUAAGAUGGUUGGGACUGACAGGAAGCGUGAACAGGGACAUGGUUGAUGCUUUAUCUAGGAGUCGGCCAUUUUUGCACAUGGCAUGUCGUGGUGAGGAGCUGGGAAGCGACCAUUGGGAUAGUUCAGAUGGUUUGUAUGGCCAUGACGAAGAAGAAGUAGAUGAACUUGAACAGUGGUUGCUGGAAGUGGAGGAGAGUGGUGGAGAAGAGAGAGAGGAUGAUGAAAAUGAUAAUGAGAUGGAAGGGUAAUUUGUAAGAUAAGAUAUUUCUGUAUUUCUAUCCCUGGGAUCUGUAUUUGUAUCAGUGUAUGGUGGAGCUACUGAUUGUAACAUUAUGGUUCGUUAUUUUCAACUUCGAUGAUAACCUGUUUUAUUGACAGAAAGAGACCAUGCCAAUGUAGAAGUCAGGGGGAAUGUUGUUGACCAAACGUAGAAUGCCUCCUGAUUAACGUAGUUUGUAAGAUAGGAUAUUGCUGUAUUUCUUUCUCUUCUAUUUGUAUUUGUAUCGGUGUAUGAUGGAGCUACUGAUUGUAGUAUUUCAUUAUUGUUAAGUUAUGACUUCGAAUAA